CGCGCGGACGUACGUCGCUCCAACGCCCUUAAUACAUUAUUCAUCGAUCGAAAUACCAAAUUUUAAUUAAUAUUAACAAACUGCCGACUCACCAGUGCCGUUAGGAAGCCAAUAUAAAAAUUGCGCCAAAAUCCAAAUGUCGAACGCGUGAGUUUAACAACUUUUUGACGAUUUUCUUUUAUUAAAAAAAAAACUUGACUGGAGCCGCGCCGAAACUUUUGUGUUUUCGAAUUGUUGCUUAAAAACCAAAUGUGUGUGUUUUGAAAGUAAAUUCGUUGGAAUUAAAAACUCAAGUGUGAAAUAAUAUAAAUCAGGUAUAAAAAUAUUUAGUGUUCGUGUCGUGUAAGUGAAUAAUAUUCAGUAAAGUUUUAGUGCACAAGAAAUUGGACUAGUACUUCAGGUACAGUGCAGUCAUCAUUCGCGCAUGCUCUUGUUAAUUGUGGUAGACGGAUCACCUUCCGGAAUGUAGCUUCUAAAAGAUAGCUGUAUACGAGAGCAGGAAAUAACAUUGUACCCGAGCAAAGCGAAGAAACUGCAACAGCAACACAUCUUUUCAAAAUCAAAUGUAGAUAUGAAACCAUCCGGCUUCUGUUCAAUAUUCUGACGAUCUGCCGAUAGAAUCGUGGAUCCCAAUGCUUCGAGCGACAGGCAUUGUACAGGAAUGCUCCCGUCCGUUGCAAUGACCAUCACAGCAAAAUGGCCCAUACACUUUGGAAGACAUGGGUGAAAAUUGCUUUCAUACCUCUGGCAUUCCUCGCCGCCACGGUCGCAGACUUCACGGAAUGCCAGAGGCCUUGUGACUGUCGCUGGCAGUCCGGGAACAAAGCUGCCAUUUGUGCAAACUCCAGCCUCAAAACUAUACCGGCUAAUCUCAGCAGCGACAUACAAAUUCUCGACCUAUCCAACAAUAACCUACAACAGCUCCAUCAAGAAGCAUUCAAAAAAGUAGGCCUGAGCAACCUCAAAAAACUAUUCCUCAAAGAGUGCAACAUAGAAGUCAUACACAAAGCAGCCUUCGUAAGCCUCGCUAUCAUGAUAGAAUUAGACCUAUCCAAGAACAGAAUCCGAUUCCUCCACCCAGACACUUUCAAAGGAACAGAGAAACUGAGAUUAAUAAACUUAAGCAACAACUACAUAGAUAAAUUAGAGGACGGACUAUUCCGCAAUUUGAAGUUUCUUCAGAAAGUUGAGGUGAGCAAUAACAGGAUAGUCCGGAUAGGGACUAAGGCGUUCGUGAACUUACCCCAACUAAAGAUUCUGAGGUUCGACGGGAACAACUUGAGCCAUAUGAAACCGGAAACUUUGAUGGGGUUAAGAAACUUGUCCGGGUUAGAUCUGCACAACAACCCUUGGCGAUGCGAUUGCAACCUGCAAACAUUUAGAGAUUGGGCGAUCAGUCAUAAUUUGUAUACGCCACCGACGGCUUGCGCAGAACCGGUGUCGGUGAGAGACAAACUUUGGAACGAAUUAGACUCGUCCAACUUCGCCUGCCGGCCUACUAUUCUCGAGCCGCUGCCAGACGCAACGGUCAAAAGUUACGAUGAAAACAUUACUCUAACUUGCAAAGUCGUCGGGAAUCCACCCCCUGAAGUAGUUUGGCGGUACAAUGGCAGAACCAUUGAGAUGAAAGCGUAUGGUGAAAUUAGGUACAGUGUAGCUGAAAACACCAUGGAUUUAAUAAGAUGGGUCAACUUGACCAUUAUUAAUGCUAGAUAUAGUGAUAGAGGAAAUUAUACUUGUGUCGCUGAAAACCCUGGAGGUAGAGACGAAAAAACUGUCAUGCUUGUUCUAUCUAAAUACGGAGGUCCUGGUAUCAUAAUGGGCAUGGAAUCCGAUACCUUCGCAAUUUUAAUAGGAUGUUUAACAGCAAUUAUAAUUAUUUUCGCGGCUGUGAUGGCGGUGUGUUAUUUCACAUCUCAGAAUAAUGAAAUGAAAAGACUGAUUAAAACUGAUACACGUUCGUCUAAUGGGGAAAUACUGAUGGAGUCGACGGCUUCAGAAGCUGAGAAGAACCUUAAGCCAGAGAUCAAUCCGGUGACGAAGCCACCGCGGAAGUACGAGGCACCUCCUUCAUUCACAAGCGAUGCCACCGAAAUGUCAGAACUAAAUAGAACAUUGCUAGACAACGAUUCUGUAUUAGCGUCCAAUGAAGACAAUACUCGGCACCUCGAAGCGGAAUUGCCGAAGAUACCCCAAGAAACCAUGCUCAUAGACCGAUUGACUCAAGAUCAACAAGCUUACCCGCCAGACUUGCUAUCCUUCCCUUUAAGAGGAUCUCAGAUCUCCCCAGCAAGUGGCACAUCAUCAGAUCGACCACAACUGACGCAAGCUAUACAAAGCCCAGUUAAGUCACCAGAGUAUGGAGUCACAUCCAUCAACUCUGCCUACAGCAGAUUCCAGCCGCAUCACUACCAAUCCUCAAUGAUGAGCCCGAAAGGCUACGUCACAUUACCCAGGAAACCAAGACAUAACCUCCCAGAAAAUCGUCCCCAAGUGUUUUCAACCCUGAACGGCGUCAUACCUUAUUAUGACUUUAAUAUCAAACUAUUUAGUAAUGGAUCAAACUACUACAGCCUUAAUAAGAGUGAGAUGGACUUGGGGCCUAUAAAUAAGAUGGAACAUUUAAAUGAUUCAGAAGAAAUAGAACCAGCACCGUCUCCCGCCCCUGGUACUCCGCACGCGACAAUACCAAGGAACAGUUUAAGUUCACCGAACAUCCACAACCAGCUGCUGACUCUCCAAGCGAUGUCUAUAAACGCAGCCCAAGGAAGAAUCCCGAAAUCUGAACAGCGCCCUUUGAAGGUAAUGCUGGCGGAAAAUGAGGGGCUCUUGAGGAAUUCAAGAGAUAGGUUAGGGUACAGUGUGAACGUUGUGAGUGGGAGGACUAGAACUGCUCCAAGGCCUCCUCCAAAGCCGAGAAAGAGGAACUCUUGUGAGAUGAAAGAACCUUUUCUGAAUACAAGUGAGAACGCAACCCAAGUGUGAUUGCCUUCUGGCAAAAUUCCAUGUGUAAAGAAGUGUUUGGCCGCGUUCAGCCAACUGAGGUGGGCUACGAAUGUAUAACAGUUUUAUCCACUUUUAUCCAGAUUAACCAUGCUUUAGUCAUAAAAUUUGUUAUGCAUGUGUUGUUAUGACUUUAUUGUACGCCUGUUCGUUAAUAAGGGGUUUAGUUCCGUUCCAUAUUUUUAUGGCCGACAUUAGAGCAGGAAUUUCGAUGUUUCACGUUGUUAGCCUGAAAAUUUUGCCAUUAUACGUUAUAUAUUUAGAUUUUAUACUGGUUUCUUGUGUAUAUUAAUAUUUUAACUUUCAAAUUAUUAUACUAUUUUUAAUUGACAUUUGUGGUGAUUCUGGUAAAUACAAUCAUAGAUUUUUUUUAUUUUGAUAGUCUUAGGACUAUAGUAAGGAGCUGUGAAAGGCACAGUUAUGUUUACAAUGAAUAAAAUUUAGUCCAUUUCUAAUAUGAAUAUAAAAAACUAAAGAAAAAUAGACUGGAUUUUACCGCCUACUAAUACUCCAUAAAAGUUUAAGUAUCAAUUACUUAUGAUUAGAGUUAAAUACUUGUUUCAGUUGAGAUUUGUUUAAUUAAAAUUCACGGAAAAUCCCAGUUUAUAAACAUCAGAGGAGGAAAAAAUAUCUGACAGGUUUAUACUCAAGACAAUUUAUAUCAGUAAUAUGUAUCUACGAAAUUUAUAAAAUUUUUAAAAUGUAUAGUUUUUAAAAUCGAGUCAAAAAGAGCGUUUCCUAGAAAGAUAUUCUAUUUUAAUCCGGUGCGUACGUCUGAAAGAACUGAUAAAUGUCGAGGGAGCAAGAGAAGUAACGUCUAAUCCGCCUAAAACUACUGCAGAUUUUACAACCUGUAUAGCCGGAGAAAAGAAGCAAGAAGUAACAUAGGAUUACGUCUAGACAUAAAAUAGAAUGACGUCUUCACAACAGUUGAAGUGACACAGCUAAUUUUGACUCGGAUUAAAAAAUAAAUGUGUUACUGUAACAGCCCGAAAUACGUACGGCGUCUUACCAAGAUUACCGCGAUGAAGUUGAUAAAAUUCAUGGCAAAAUCAUGGUUCAGUGGAAAAUCGUAAUUAUGAUUAACCGAAACGAUAAAAAUCCCAAUUGAACAAUAAUGAGAGACUUUCCGGGCUAAGUUCAUCAAAAACAAUAUAGAUGGCGUUGACGUGAUAAGUACCUAUUUCUCAGUACUACAUACAUACAUAAAUAAACUCACGCCUAUUUCCCACCGGGGAGAGCAGAGACUAUAUUCCAUUUGCUUCGAUCCUGACACAUUUCUCUUGCUUCCUCCACAUUCAUCAAUCGCUUCAUACACGCACGUCGGUUCAGAGUAGAUCAUAUUAAGCCUUUUCUAAGGACAUCUCCAAUUUGGUCAAUGUAAGUCCUUCUCGGUCUUCCUCUGCCAGCCCUACCAUCAACUUUUCAGUACUCGGGUACACUAUUAUUCCAAAAUACAAUGUGAUGGCAGAAGCAUAUAUAAAAAUAAUUGUUGCUUGAUAUUUGGAUCACAUUAUGUAUAAAAAUACGUUGCUACAAUAUUGCUUCUCUUUAUUUUUAUCACAAUAACAAUUGGUGAAAGAUGUAAUUGAGCCUGGGUGUAAUAAAAAAGGUCAUCAUUUAUACCCAAAAACAAAGAUAAAAGUUGCAUAAUAUUUCCGUUAUCCAUGAAAUUAUAAGUUUUACGAAGUUAAACGAAGAAAAACCUGUACAGCUCCAUCUAUGUUGUUUUUGAAGAACGAAGCCUGGAAAGUCGCGCAUUAAAAAAAAAUCGUAAUUUUACCACCAUCACUUACUUGGUAAUUCUUCAGAUUUAUCAUAAUGUGGGCUUUUACAGUAACAAAAAUAACAGUAAACUUAGGAUGUAAAGGAAAAAAAAACACUGUUUAGAAAUGACAAAUAUUAGGAAAUGUAAAAUUUAAGUAACAAUACUAAGUACCUUCUAAUUACACAAUAUAAAAAAUUUAUAAAAUGAAAAAUACUGUUCGAGUAGACCUGUAUCUACUUAUUAUUUUUUAACCGACUGUAAAAAGAAUGAGAUUAUCAAAUCGACCCCACUUUACGAAUGUUUGUAAAUUUUGCUUUGAAAAUAAAAAGAAAUCUGCUUUAACUAUAAAUUUAUUAUAAAUUAAAAAAAAAACAUUGGUGCUUAGAAGAAUAAUAAAAUUGCAAUGAAAUAUUUAUAAUUAUUAUCAUGCUUCGUUUUUGUAAUUAAAACUUAUUUGUUACGUACAGUAAUAUUAAUUAUAUUAUGGACAUGAUAUAAAUAGGUAAAGAUCUUAUUAAGAGCAAAAAGAGAAAAAAUCUGAACCUGAUUUCGAUCUUUUCUCUUUGUGAAUUUCAAAAAUAGUACUUAUUAAGAAAAAGAUAUUUUAAAAUAUAAUUGUUCAAUUAUUCCGUAGAUUUUUAUUAUCUGUUAAGUUUACUAUUACGUCUAUCGACUAUAUUUUUAUUAUUUCAAAUGUACUUACUACCUAUAACUUAUUUAA